AUGGCCUCCUUUCAGGAUGCAUAUCAAGGAAAAUUUCCAUUUAUAUUAAGUUCGAAAAUUAUCAAUGGUUUAACCACAUCCUCUUCAUCAACAACAGGAAUGAUAAUGGAAAAUUUAUUAAAUUAUUCCUCUAAAAAUACAUCAUUAUCACCAUCUUAUCCAAACCAUCAUCAUCAUCAUCCACCUUAUUCAAUAUUUCCAAUUGAAAACGAGGGUAUAUUAAACAAUACAUGGGUACAUGAUAUAAUUUAUGAUUCAGAUUUACCGAUUAAUCAACAACCUCCACCAUUUUUACUUACAUUAGAUCAAAAUGAUGAAACAUGCAUUUUAGAACCGAUCGAUGAUUCAACUAUUGCUUCAGUAUUAUCAUCAAUACGUAAUCAACGACAGAAACGUUUAAUGCAUCGAGGCUAUGACACAGGAGAAUCUGAUGCAACAGCACUAGCAACAAUGGGUACAGGAACGUCGAUGAUCACGACGACGACAGCAUCAACAAUAUCUACAACAGGAGGUGAUUAUCCGAAUUCUUUGUCAACUACUGGUCAUAAUCUACGUGGUAACGUUAGUAGUAGUAACAUUUCAAAUAUUCAUGAUAAUAAUUGGUCUAAUUCCAAUGGAUUAAAUGAUACUGACAAUGCUCUAUCUCAACAUAAAUCUAAUACUAAUUCGAUGAAUCGUACUAGUCUUCAAGUGAAUUUUGGAUUAGCAUCAACACGUGGUAUGUUCACUGGUGCACUAGCCAAAGCUGAGAAAGGUGCUGAGAAAGUUAAAAUGAUUUUGGGUAAACAUGGUCUGUUAGCUGAAGAUGAUUGGCAAUCAAGUCAAGCAGAAAAAUCUACGAAUAAUACAGAUGAUAAAAAUGAUCACCUUCAAGAUAUCAAUGAAUAUAACUCAGAUGGGAAUACUUUAGCAUCAGCUGCAGCAGCGGUUUCUGGUAUUCCACCAAAAGAUCCGUUAAAUUUAUCAAAUGAUGAAUAUUAUGCAAUUCGAAGCGGUGCUCUUGCUCUAGGCGGUUUAGCACGUUGUGGUCCAUUACAACAUAGUACUCCAGCAGUUGAAUUAUGGCCACCAUUUUUCCCUACAUACAUGAGUCCACUACGUUUACGUCAAUUUCAUAGGGUUCCACUUAAAAGAUAUCUUCGUGGUCCUAUGUCGCAGUAUAAUAUACCAUUUCCUGUCACUAAUCUUACUCGUCAUGUUCAUCGUAAAAUGCGUGAACGAGAGGAUGAACGAGCAGCUACCGGUGGUGGUGAAAUAUUUUUCAUGAGAACACCUAGUGAUUUAUCUGGAGCUGAUGGAGAGAUUGUUUUAUUUGAAUUUUCUGAAGAAUAUCCGCCUUUAUUAGCUCAGGUUGGUAUGGCUACAAGAAUCAUAAAUUAUUAUCGUCCAUUGGUACCCAGGGACAGGUCACUUUCACCAUCUCCACAUGCCUAUAGUGAACCACCGGAAUUGCCUUAUGGUUCUCUUGUGUAUGUAGGAGGUUCAGACAGUCCAUUUCUUGGUGUUAUUCGACCUGGUGGUUGUUUACAGACUGUUGAAAAUAGUAUGUUUCGUGCACCAAUUUAUCCACAUACUGUUGCCAGUACAGAUUUCUUAAUGAUUCGUAGUCGUAAUGGAAUCAGUAUACGCCGUGUACCAAAUGCAUUUACUGUAGGACAAGAAGUUCCGCUUAUGGAGGUUCCUGGACCAAAUUCAAAACGUGCAAAUAAUUUUGUACGGGAUUUUCUACAAGUAUUUAUUCUACGUUUAUUUCUACGUAGUACCGAUGAACCGAAACGAAUUAAAAUGGAAGAGAUUCGCAAAGCUUUUCCUAAUCAUUCAGAAAGCAGUGUCAGAAAACGACUGAAAGUUUGUGCGGAUUUCAAACGUACUGGUUCAGAUGCAAGUUGGUGGGUUCUACGCUCUGAUUAUCGAUUACCGUCAGAAGAAGAAGUUCGUUAUCUGGUCUCACCUGAAGAUUGUUGUGCACAUUACAGUAUGCUGGCUGCCGAAUUACGUCUUAAAGAUGCUGGUUACGGUGAAAAGUAUUUAUUUGUUUUAGAUGAAAAUCAAGUUGAAGAAGAAGAAGACAAAGAAGGACAGCCUAAAAUGGAGGAUGAAGUAAGAGCAGCACCAUGGAAUACAACACGUGCUUAUCUUGCUUCACAACGUGGUGGUUGUUUUCUCGAAUUGCAUGGUGCCGCUGAUCCUACUGGUUGUGGUGAGGCGUUUUCUUAUUCGAAAACCUCUGCAAAACCUGGUGCAUUGUUUCGGCAAGCUGGUGGAGAAGUUGCAAGAGGUUUAUUAAAAGGGAAACGUACUGUGACAGGAACUGAUGCUGAUCUUCGUAAACUACAUUUACGCGAUGCACGUGCUUUAUUGAGAUCAUUUGGGAUUAGUGAAGCUGAUUUAAAAACUUUCAAACGUUGGGAAAUUAUUGACAUGGUUCGUUUCACGUCAACAGAACGAGCUAAACAAGGUGAAGAAGAAGGGUCCGCUAAAUUUGCCCGUGGUAAUCGUCUAUCAAUUAGCGAACAAAUUCGAUGUUAUAAAGAAGAAUGUCAACGUAUAUUUGAUUUACAAAAUCGUGUCCUAUCGAAUUCCGAACUUUUAAGUUCCGAUGAAGAAGUGAGCAGUGAAGAUGACGAAGAUGAAGUCACUGGGACUGAUAGUGGUCAGAGAUCCACGUUACUAGGUUCACAUGGUUCUAGUACAACAAGUAAUUCAAUUGGAGGUGUACGCCUUUCGAGUUUAUCGUCAACUGCUCGUUCUUAUGCACAUAUGAGCCGUAAUAUUGAAUCUGUAUUAUCAAGUCAAAUGAAUUCUAAAUAUGCCGAUGGUAAAACUGAUGAAAAAGAUCGUGUCAAUCUUAAACGAGCUUUAGAAUCUGGAGAUCAAUCAUCUGGACUGAAACGACCUCGUAAAACAAACCAACUUCUAUUAAAAGAGAAUAGUUUAUCGGGUAACGGAGUGGAAUCCAGUGAAACUGUUUCCGUUGUCGGUAGUAAUAGUUCUAGUGUGGUGUAUGAUGCUAGUUCUACUGCAGCUGGUACAAUUUUAGACUUAACACCACCAUGGCCGAAUGCUAAUAAAAAAAUGUUACGUAUUAUGCGUACUUAUUCAGAAGAUGGACAUCAAUAUACUAGAACAGAACUUGUUCCAUGGUCACCUGUUGUAGAAAUUUAUUUGAAAAUACGUCAAACUCGUGAUGAUGAUUUCAUUCAUAAUUUUGUCGAUUCAGAUAAUCAUUUCCGUGAACAACAAAGAAAAGAAAAGAGAAGAUUACAAGAUCAGCUACGUCGCCUUCGUAAACAACAACAAGUAAUGCGAGAACGUGGCGGCGUCACUGGUAAUUCCAUGCCAGGUAUGAAAUCCUUAGGAUUAUCAAACAAGGUAAACCGUCAUAGACGUCAUAAAACACUUACGGAAGCAUUAAUUAAAAUGCGUUGCGGUGCUUGUGGUCAAACAGGUCAUAUGCGUACCAAUAAAGAAUGUCCAAUGUAUGGACGAUCUAAUACAUCAUCAUCUCUUCAUAAUGAAGGAGGAAUUCGUAGAACAGCUGCAGAACGUGCUCAACUUCGUACACAAACAACUAUUCGUAAUAUGUCUCGUUCUGGUGAUUUAAAUUCUUUGGAAUCUAGAUCAGAUGAUAGAGAAAUUGGUUUCUUAGAAAAUUAUGGUAAUAGUCGAAAAAUUGAACCAGAUACUAUUGCCGCAGCUCAAGCAUUAGCUUCUCGUCCAGUCUGUGAAUUAUUAGCAGAACAAGAAAAGGAAGAGAAAGCAAACUAUAGUAAUGAUUUAGAUAAUUCUGAUGUUAAACAUUUAAGUAAAGAUUCAGAUGAUUUUGAUGAAUCAUCUAUGCAUGGAGUUUUAGGAGAAAAUGAUAUGACGGUUGAAGGAACAAAAUUAAAACUUCACUCUGGUUUAACUAAAUACAUUAAAGAACAAAAUCGUCGUAAUCUAAAAUUAAAAAUACGCCGUCAAUUACUCGAUCGUUUAGAUGCGGCAGCUGCUGUUGUUCAGUCUGCAAAUUCAAAUAGACGUGGACUAAUGAGUACUACAGGUCGCGGUGGUGGUGGAAGAAAUCGUCGAACUAGUUUAAGUAUGAAUGAUGAUGAUUUUCCAACAAGCAUUAAACACCGUGGGAAUAGACGCCGUAUUGAUCCUCGUGUUGCGUUAAAUCAUAUUUUUGAAGGAAUCUACAAGGGCCUUACUCAAAUUCCUGGUUAUAAGAUAUUUAUGCAUCCUGUUAAGGAGAAAGAUUUUCCGAAUUAUUAUUCUCAAAUUGAAACUCCAAUGGAUUUAUCACAAAUACGUAUGAAAAUUAAUGAGAACAGUUAUGCCACACGUGAAGAAUUUUUGUCAGAUAUUCGACUCAUUUAUAAUAAUUCGUCGAAAUUCAAUGGUCGCUAUAGUGCAUACACCGAAACAGCCAUGAAGAUGUGUUCACACGUUAUGGAACAAUUUUGUCAUAAAGAAUUAAAAUUAAUGCGAUUAGAAUCACUAGUUAAUCCUUUGUUGGAUGAAGAUGAUCUAGUCGGAUUAAGCUAUUUAUUACAACAAGCUAUUGAGGCUAUGCGUGGAGUUGAGCAUAGUAGACCAUUCCAUAUACCAGUUGAUAAAAGAAGAUAUCCGGACUAUUAUAAAAUUAUCAGUAAUCCAAUGGAUUUAUCAACCCUUGAAAAAUUAGUGAAAGAGAAUCGAUUUCGAUCACGUGAAGAAUUCUUUGUACAAAUUGAAUUAAUUCUAUCCAAUUGUAUUACAUUCAAUGGAAAUGAAAGUCCAUUAACUGAGAUUGCACAAAAAAUGUUACAAGCUGCUCGUACACGAUUAGAACAAGAUAAAGAAACACUAGAUACAAUUGAAGCAAAUAUACGAAGUCAAUUAGAAAAUGAACCAUAUACCGAAUCAAUUCCAUUUCAAAAUGGUCCUAUAAAUUCUCGUUCAAAUAUGUUAGAAAAUCAAACUAAUCAAAAAAGUACACAUAUAAAACCUUUGUCAACUACUAGUCGAAUUAAUCAAGUUUCUAAAUUAUUGAAACGUAAAUCUAUUAAAUCAACAUUAUGUAAAAAUAAAGACUUAAAAACAACAAAACGAAAGAAAACUCAAAGAUUAAAUACAACUAUUGAUAAAGAAUCAUUACAUUACGAUGUUAGUUAUAAUAGUUCUGAUGGUCAAACAACUGAUAGAUCAUUGAAUAAAACACUUGAUAUUAUCAAUACUUCAGGUAGUGAUAGAUUGUUACGUCAACGUUCAAGUGGAGCUUGGUAUGGUGUUGACUUGGAAUAUGAUGAUGAUGACGAUGAUGAUGACAACGACGAUGAGCAACAUAAGGGGGAUAACGUUAAUCAUCCCGAUGACGAUGAAAGUGAUAAUGAUAUUCUUAGAAAAACCUCGACUAAACAAGAUAUUAAUGUUUCAAAGCGAUGGACAAUAAAUGAAGAGAGUAGUGAUUUAUACACUUCAAAAUCUGUUACAUCACUUCGUAAUGAAUACACUUUAUCUAAAGAACCAGAUUCUGAUCAAACAGAAGAUUCAAAUUAUAUGGAACGUAGUAUUGCUGGUCAUGAUGAGAAUUCAUUUGAUUGGAAUUGUCAAGAGGCGACCACUAGUCGAAGCCAUGUAGCAAAUGAUCAAUUAAGACAAAUUGUAUCAAAUCUAAGUGAACGUAGUUCUACUAUAAGUGAACAUACAGUUGGAGAUGAUAAUCUACAGCAAUACGAUGAUGAUAACAAUCAAAUUGUCGAUGAUUAUGCUGAUUACGAUGUGGAUAAUUCGUUAAAUUCUAGUCGAGAAUUGCAUUCCAAUGGAAAUUCACGACAAACAAACGAUUGGAACCGAUAUACAAGUUUAACAAAUGUUGAAGAUGAUGAAAAUGAUGGUAAUGACUAUGCUGAAGAUGAUGUGAUGAUUGAAUUUCGUUCUCAACAAGAUAAAUUUCCUACUUAUAUUGAUGAAGAAACUCGAUUUUCUGCCGAUUAUUCUCAAUUAGAUUUAAAUGAUGAUUUAGUUGCAAAAGAUUUACAAUUAACUGAUUCAGAUGAUGAUGAUGGUGAUAGUAGUUUAACUGGUCAAGGAGGUGAAUUAUGUACUGAUGAGAAUGAUGCAACUGUUGUGUCUUAUAAUAUUGACCAAGACCAUGAUGAUGACGAUGACCAAGUGCAUCGAAACACCAUACUCCAAUAUACAGAAUAUCAUCAAAACGAAUCCGAAAUGAUUUCUCACAAUGAUAAUUCAUUUACAACAUACAAUGUACAGCAUAGACAACGUCUCGAUCAUGAUGAUGGUAAUAAUAAUAUUAAUCGUCCUACUUUUUUCAUCAGUGAUGAUGACGAUGAUGAUAAUUAA